CCUGGUACAACGAUCGCGAGAGAUGUCGGAAUCCUCUAGCACGCACAUGGAUCCGGAGGACACUAUCAACAUUCUAGUGGCCACGGAUAUUCAUCUCGGUUUCGACUACAGCAAAAAGAGAGGAGGACAAUCGGAAGAGAGUUUCGUGACGUUCGAAGAAAUAUUGAAGUAUGGCAAGGACAACAAUGUUGAUUUUAUUCUGCUGGGCGGUGAUCUGUUUCAUGACACUAAGCCAACGCAAGUCACAUUACUUAAAUGCGUGGAAUUGCUGCGAAAAUAUUGCCUGGGCACUAAAGAAUGCAAGCUGGAGUUCUUGAGCGAUUCGGAAUUGGUAUUCCAACACUGUGCACAGAAGCACGUGAAUUAUGAGGAUCCGAAUCUGAACGUCUCAAUGCCGGUAUUUACUAUCCAUGGAAAUCAUGACGAUCCAAGUUUUGGCACUGUCGGAUCAAUGGACGUACUGUCAGCCACUGGACUUGUGAAUUACUUUGGAAAAUGGACAGAUCUUAAUCGCGUAGUUGUGUCUCCCUUAAUCUUGAAAAAACGUAACACCCAUGUUGCACUUUAUGGUUUGAGUUAUAUUAAUGACCAGAGGUUGUCGAGAUUAUACAGGGAUGACAAGGUGGAAUUGUUGCGCGCAAAGGACAUAGAGACCUUCAACAUAUUUGUUUUACAUCAGAAUCGCGUCAAGCAUGGCGAUUAUGCUUAUAUACCUGAAAGUAAACUGCACAAAUUCCUCAACUUGGUUGUUUGGGGUCACGAGCAUGAGUGUCGUAUUACUCCUGAAUUCAAUGCGGAAGGUGGAUACUUUAUAUCCCAGCCAGGAAGCUCCAUUGUUACCUCUUUGUGCGAAAGUGAAUCCAAACCUAAGCAUGUGGGUCUUCUUAAGAUAAAUAAGAGUAAUUUCAAGAUGAAAAGUUUAAAAUUGAAAAGCGUUCGACCAUUUGUUUUUGACAACAUGAUUCUCAACGAUCAUGACAUUAAGAUACGGGAUCGCGUCUCAUUGGCAGAUUCUAUAAGUCAAUAUGUAGAUCAUUACAUCGAAAAUGAAAUGAUACCUAGAGCUACUGAACAACUUACAGAAUACCCUAAUCAACCACUUCAACCUUUAAUUCGAUUAAGAAUAUUUUAUGACGAUGAUAAUGAACAAUUUGAUACAUUAAGUUUGGCGCAAAAAUACUGUGAUGUAGUUGCUAAUCCAAUGGAGAUGAUUUUGUUUCGUAAAAUGAAGAGCGGAGAAAAAGGAAAACGUGCCAUUCAGGACGGAAUUGAUGAUUUGGAUGAUAUUAGUGAAUUAUUUCACGGAGAUUUGGGACAGGAAUGGACUAGCACGGUACCAGGGGGAAUUAAAAAAUAUUUUGACAUGGAAGAGAAUAAAGAUAAGUUAACAGUAUUGACUGUGGCAGCGUUAAAUGAAGCUUUACAUCGAUAUGUUGAACUAAGCGAUAUAGACGCUUUUAAGAAUAUCGUAAGGGAUCAAAUGACAAGAACCAUUGAAUAUCUACAAACGCAAAAUACUGAGACACCAGAAGAGAUUCGCGAACAAAUUAAAGUUUUCCGUGACAAAAGGCUGUCGGAAGAACAGCAAGAGCAGAUAAAUGCUCGAGAAGCAGCACUGAGCAGACCACCACCAAGUCCUAGAGCUAAGCAGUCUCGCAAUAUCAAUACAACAAUUGACAGUAAUGACAGUGAUGAAGAUUUAGAUACAUCAUCUAAAUCUUCGACUAAGACUACUAGAGGAAGGGGUAGAGGUUCCAGAGGCGGUAGAGGAUCCAGAGGAGGCCGCGGUAGAGGAAAAUCUAAUGAAAAGGACGUUUCUGUUGCGACAAUGCUGAAUACCAGAAGUGCACAGCCGAAGAAAACUCGUGGACAAUUCAUUAUUAUAAGCGAUUCCGAGUAAUCAUUAAACAUACAAGAAGAUAUAUAUAUACACUAUACACACACAUAAAAGUGAACGUUAUAUAUUUAUAUACAUCUAUAUGA